CUAUCUUGUUCUAGGUGGAAAAAUCCGUAAAAUGGUCAUAACCUUCAACGAAAGCUCUACCAGACCGAAUCCUCAUAGGAUAUUGACCCCAACAUAUGAACCAAAUACCAUUGAAAAACGACAUGGAUCAGUUAAGAACCUUCCCUCACAGGACAACAAAACAAAAAAUCUAGUUUUUCAGAAUUUUAUCUUAUAUAAAAGCUUUUGAAUGAAAAUGCCGCAAUGAUUCUAUUUUUUAAUACUUGUCAUUAGCUUCAUCAUGUUGUGCAAUAUUUUUUGAAUUAAUUAUGAAAGAUGUCCUAUCGAAAAAAACAUUCAAUAAUAAUUCCUACUCAGGAGCAAGUAGUUUUCGAUUAUGUAUUCUCGAAGUUUAUUAUUUUGUAUAAAUUUCAUCAAAGAAAAAUGAAGUUCGCCAGUAUCCGCACUCAAAGCUUGUCCUCUUUAGAUGAGACUAAGGUUGACAUUAGCAACCCUUCGUUUAGUAUAUUCUUAUAAUUCAUUGUAAACUUUUGUUUUUGAUAAUAAAACAUUUUACUUAACUAUUUUUUAGGUUGGUCUCGCUGUAUCGGAUGUAAAACGUUUUCGUUUAAAUGCUAAGCGUGAACAUUUACGUGCACGUAUUGAAACAUGUCUUGGUUUACAAGCAAAAUUUGGUCUUUUAUGUGAAACCUGUUCUCGAUUAGUACUUGCUUUAUCUAAACGUUCAUAUUUUGUACAUUUUCAAAUGGAUGGUUUAAGAAAAUGUUAUUUAUGGAAAUUAGAAUUACGUAAAUCACGUAUUGAUUUACCUCAAUCAACAAACGAAAAUCGUUCAACAUCAAAUCAUAGUGGAAAACAUCACUCAACAAGAGAACAUGUUACAUGUGAAAUAGGAUAUUAUAGACAACAUAUUGAUCGUGCUGGUCAACCAUUAUUACAAGAAAAUGAACAUACACGUUUAAUACAUACUGUCGAUGAAUUACGAGAUGUUUUUGAAAAAGCGAAUACACGUGUCCAUCACGAAUUAAGAAAAUUAACUAUUUCACUUCAAACAGAUUUUGAUGAAAUUAAAAAAAAAUUAUUCGAAAGUUAA